AUGAGCACAAAGAACAACUCGAACUUCGAUCGUCAUCGAACUCUUCUCUCUUCACCCUCACAACUAUCACCAACAGUACCGCGUGUUCGGGAAGAUUCUCCAAGCGCUAUUCAACGGCCAUCAUCAUCAUCGAUACCGAACCUCGAAAGUCUCAUUGAAGAAGAAGAAAUUGAUCAUCCAUGUUCAAAGUUCGUCACAAAAACUUUACUACCGAAACAAUCGACUUAUCAACCAAUGAACAAACAUCGAUUCAAUCUCCCAACAAUUAUUGAAUCUCAGGAAAUGCUCAAUGAAAGUACGAUAUCCAACACCAAUGCUUUCACCGAUGAGAAACAUGAGACGUAUACAGUACAAGCAACCAGUACGAAUCUAUCGAAUGGAUUUACAAUUAAUCACUUAUUUGAAUCGAAUCGACAAAGGAAAUCAAUAUCUGUGGAAACAGAUGUCGAUGAAAAUGGUUUUGUUAUUCCAACAACAUUUAAAGAUAUUAGUGCAUUUUUUGAAAAUAAAACAUCUCGAGUUCAUCCAACUGAUCGAAAGAAAAUCGUUCGUGCUAGACGAUCGUUGACAUUCAAUACAUAUACACAGAAUGCAAAUCUGUCAAAAACCAAUAUAAUCUCGUCCAUUGAUGAAGAAUCAUCGAUUUUUCAUCGACAGAUUAAACGAAUCAAAAGAAUACAUAUGACUGAAUCUGACAAAGCCUUUAACAUAACAAGAUACUGGUUUUCUCUCUUACUACUCACUAAUCUUCUCAUAGGAUCGAUUUAUAUAUGUCAUGUAAUAUCUACUUCUCAACAGGCGACUCCUAACAAUGAGAAUAAUCAAUCCAAACAUUCAUCUUGCUCAACCGUCGAAUGGAUGAUUAAAUUUAUCGGACAAUCAUUCUUUCGAUGA